GACCGCUGGUUCCGCCCGAGCCGGUGGCGAGUGACGCGCUGACCGCCCCUUGGUGCUUGCGCGGAUACAGUGACGGCGGCGGCUGCUGUGGUGGACGGGGUGGUGAGGAUGGUUCAAUCCUUCCUGCUGCUCCCUUCCCCCUCUUUCCUUCUCCCUUCUUCCCGUGUCCCCCCCCGCCUUCCCCCUCCCCCGCGUCCCUUUGGUGUUUUGGUGUGGGUUUUUUUUUUUUUUUUUUUUUUGGGGGGGGGCGGCUUAUUUUGAUUUCCUGGGGAUGUUUUGUGGUUGGUUUUUUUUUUUUUUAAUUUGUUUAUUGGGGAUGUGUGACGGAUACACUGGACUCCUUAACCAAACUAUCAGUAGUUUGAUACAGCCUCCAAAGGCUGUAAACAGGCCAAGAACUUUUCUCGUUCUAAUCUGUUAUCUGAAAACCCACAAAGAAGUAGAGUGGCUCUGUGAGCAUCGGUGCAUAUGAGCUUGGAGCACUGAUCAUGUGAUUAACAGAGGUAUCAUUGUUGGCUUUUCCAAGACUUAUUUAUCAAGGAACAAAGUCAGAGGUAGAAGGAGUCUCAUGCAUACCUUUUCCAUCACAUGUAAUUUGACUACAAGCCAACUACUUUAUUCCAUAACUAUGACAGCCUGAGUGAGCUGACUUUCAGCUCUCCCAGCUAAGCAGCCUGGCUGUGUAGCGCUAGUCUCCCCUUCAGCGGGGACACAUCUCAAGGUUGCUUCUUGAGGCAGAGACCUUUCAUCAAUGGCAGAGCUUUGGUGAGUGACCAGUAUUAUGCGUAACUUUGUGUCUUGGUAACUUUGAUUUUUGUCUUAGUAACUUUGACUCUGCCUUGGUAGUUUUGAAUCAUUGUUGAAAUGAUUGUGCAGUACACUAAUAGAGUGAAUCUUGCCAUCAAACUUUGUCAAGUCAUGCUUUUGCAACACUGUGUUUCAAUAAAGCCACUUUGCCAAUACCUUUGACAGUGGUUCUUUAAGCGGUCUAAAUCGCCCAUUCAUUAUGGGGUUGUUUUGAUUUCUUGAGGUCUUUUUUCAUUUUUUUAAAUUUUCCUUAUUUUCUUGUGGGUGUGCUUGAUGAGUUUGUUUUGUUCUCUGUAGCUGGUAUAGUGCUGUGUUUUGCAUUUGUGCUAAAAACAGUGUUGAUAGUGCUGAGAUGUUUCAGUUGUUCCUAAGUAGCACUUACACUAGUCAAGGACUUUUUCAGCUUCCCAUGCUCUGCCAGGUGCACAAGAAGCCAGGAGGGGAGGGGGCACAGCUGGGACAGCAGAUCCAAACUGGCCAGAGGGCUAUUCCUUAUCAUAUGACAUCAGCAUAUAAAGCUGGGAGAAGAAGAAAGAAGGGGGCAAUAUUCAGAGUAACGGUGUUUGCCUUCCCAAGUAAGCGUUAUGAGUGAUGGAGCGCUGCUUUCCUGGAUAUGGCUGAACACCUCCCUGUUGAUGGGAAGGAGUGAAUGAAUUAAUUGUUCUGCUUUGCUAGUGUGCACAGCUUUUGCUUUACCUAUUAAACUGUCUUACUCUCAAACCAUGAGUUUUCUCACUUCCACUCUUCAGAUUCUCUCCUCCAUCCCAUUGGUGGGGGGUGAGUGAGUGGCUGUGCGGUGCUUGGUUGCUGACUGGGGCUAAACCACAACAGUCUUUUUUGGCACCCAACAUGGGGCUCAAAGGGUUCAAGAUAACAACAGAUUUCAUUGAAAUAUGCUAGACUGAAUUUAUAGCUGUUAUUGCUGCUUAGCUAUUAAUCAGCCAGCUCCUGUGCUUGCCAUGGGGCUCGCUUACCUUACUCUAUAUUAGAGUCUAGUGCACAUUAGUGGCUGCUUUUUGUUUUCUCUGCUUGCUGUACUGCUUAUCACCUUACUCUGCUGUGUCUGGGAACAUUUUGAUAACAGCAAUGGCCAGGUACCUGGGCUGGUAGAUGACCAGGGCAUCACUGCUGUUUCUGUGCUGCUGUACUGGGCAGGCUGGAACUCCAGUGUGAACUCAAGUCAAAGGGAUGAGUCCACAUGGGAGUGGGACACCGUCAAGCAUCUAUGGCCGUGGACAAGCCCAUGCCAGAGCAGGUAAACCUUGAAGUGUCUGUGGCCAUGAUUAUAUCUGUGGCACAGCAGGUAUGCCUCUGAAGGGAUUGUAGCCCAAGGAUAAGUUCAUACUGGAGAAGAUACACGUCAAAACAUCUGUGGCUGUGGGUAAGUCCAUGCUGCAGCAGGUACACCUUGAAGCAUCAGUGGCUGUGCAUGAGGUUAUGCUGGAGCACCUCAAAACAUGAGGCCAUGGAUAAGACCAUGACAGUGGGUUGGCUUAUUUUUUUUUUUAGUUUAUUGAGAUAUUUUGAUUUCUUGGAUUAUUUGAUCUCUUGGGGUUGCUUUUUUAUUUUUUUCCUUGGGUGUUAUUUACUUUUUUAUUUUCCUGUCCUUGUCUUCUUCAUUCUCUCUCCCCAUCCCAUUGCUUCUUCCCAUCCCUUUUCUCCUCCCUGCCCCUUUUUUACCUUCUCACUAGACCCCUCUCCCCCUUCCUCCCUAGUCCUUUCUCCCUCUCCCUCUUUUGCUCCUCUGCCUCCAUCCUGCCCACCCAAUACGGCUGCAUCCUUCUCCCUGUCCCUGACCCCGACCCACUCUCCAUUUUUCUCCUCCCUCUCAUCUGUCCAUCUCCCCCUUUCUCACUCCCCCGUUCCUCUCCCUGUCCCCUCUCUCUCCCUUCCUCUGUCCUGCUUCACCCCCACCAUCUCCUGCACUCACUGCGGCACCUUGUGGAGAAGUACCCACCACAGCAGCUACACCCCAAAGGCCUGGUGGACCCUGGACAACUGCCCCUGGGGAACAGACCAGGAAAGAGUUUGCUGCAAUGUAAAACCCCAUGGCUUGGUGCUAGGGGACACCAUAUGGACACAGUGGUGGAGGUGCCUUGAAGAUGCCGCAACCCGCACUUCCUCAUGUGGUAGGAAGCAUGGUAGCAAGAGCCACCCAAACUGGUGGAGGAGGAGCUGGGCAGGAAGCUGUGGAUGCGCAGCUGUGACCCCACCUGAGCUGGCUGCUGUGGCCCUGGGCCGUCUCUCCUGUCCUGAGCAACCACCACAAUAUGUGGAGCCUGAGUUAUGGACUAGAGGGACCUGCGGGCUCCGGCCCCUGGCUUCUUACUACGGCAUGUCACGCGUCGUGGGUGGCACAGAUGCCCAGCCAGGGGCCUGGCCCUGGAUUGUCAGCAUCCAGGAUCCCUGGGAAAUAGGCACGGGACAUGUAUGCGGAGGAUCCCUCAUCAGCCCACAGUGGGUCCUCACGGCAGCCCACUGCUUCAUUGAGGCAAGGCACAUCACGAUGUGGCGCGUAGUCAUCGGGGCCACCCAGUUGACUCAGCUGGGCCCUGAGGCCCAAGUGCGCAAUAUUAGGCGGCUGCUGGUUCAUGAACACUACAGUAAUAUCUCGGAGAGGAAUGACAUUGCCUUGCUGGAGCUGGACCAGCCCGUUCAGUGCAGCUACUACAUACAGCUUGCCUGUGUGCCCGAUGCCUGGCUGAGAGUGUCGGAGCUGACGACCUGCUACAUCAGUGGUUGGGGUUCCACGACUGCAAGAUCUGGAGGAUCAACUGAUGUCCUGCAGGAGGCCAAGGUUCGCCUCAUUGAUGUUAACCUCUGUAACAGCAGCCAGUGGUACAGAGGGGCCAUUCACACCCACAACUUGUGCGCUGGCUAUCCACAGGGUGGCAUCGACACCUGCCAGGGUGACAGCGGUGGUCCUCUCAUGUGCAAAGACAAUACCUAUGACCACUUCUGGCUUGUUGGCGUGACCAGCUGGGGAAAAGGCUGUGCAAGAGCAAAACAGCCUGGAGUCUACACCUCCACUCAGCACUUCUACAGCUGGAUCCUGGUACAGAUGGGACUGUACCCAGCAGUAAGGGGCACGCCAACAUCACGGGCAUGGAGUCAUUUUCUUACUGCCUCAACCCCCUUUCAGAGGCCAGGCCCAAAUCCGACGCAAGCAGGCAGGUUUCGCUCCUGCCUGUUUCCACUCCAGAAGCUGGUAGACUUCUUUGCUCGGGUGCAGGAGCUCCUGCAGGUCCUAAGGGGGAAAAAGGCUUGAUCAGCAGGAUGAACAGGAUCCAGUGCAGGCUGCAGUGGACCACGACCCGUUCCUUCUGGGGCAAUGCCUCCUGAGCUAAACGCAGCCUGCAUGUCAGAGGUCUGCUCUGUCUGCCCCCUCUCCCAUAUCUGCACACAAAUGCUGAAGUUGACCUAGUUCUUGAAAUAAAGUUGCCACUUUUCGCAGAUAACCAUGCUUCAGUCCAA